GCAGGCAGCCUGAGACAGAAAAACAAGCGAGGAUAGGUCCAACCGUACAUGGCCUGUCCAUGUUUAAAAGGGAAAUUCACCAAACCCAAGAGUAUGUGGAUAUAAACCUCAUUUUUGUGGGUUUGAAGCGGGCUCAGUUAGUGUUCCCCUCCCGGUGCUCGGGUGUGUUUUUUUGUUUCUUUAGUUUAUUUUUUUGGUAGUUCUUGUGUGCGUGUCGCCGUUUGCCCAUUCUCUCUGGAGUGAACACUAAGGGGGACUCCAUGAAAGAUGACAGAGGAGGUGAUUGUUGUAGCCAAGUGGGACUACACGGCCCAGCAGGACCAGGAACUUGACAUCCGUAAAAAUGAGCGUCUCUACCUCCUAGACGACUCAAAGACCUGGUGGCGCGUCCGCAAUGCCUCCAACCAGACGGGAUAUGUGCCAUCCAACUACGUCGAGCGCAAGAACAGCCUGAAGAAAGGCUCGCUGGUGAAGAACAUCAAAGACACACUGGGACUUGGAAAAACUAAGCGGAAGACGAGUGCUCGUGACGCAUCCCCGACGCCGAGCUCAGACACAGAGUACCCCUCGAAUGGCAGCGGCGGCGGAGGAGGGGGUGGGGGCGCCGCAGAGAGAAUCUACGACCUCAACAUCCCCGCCGUGGUCAAGUUCGCCUACACAGCAGAGAGGGACGACGAGCUGACCCUGGUCAAGGGCUCCAGGGUCGUCGUGAUGGAGAAAUGUAGCGACGGCUGGUGGCGAGGCAGUCAGGCGGGCCGGGUGGGCUGGUUUCCUUCCAAUUACGUCCAGGAGGAGAUGGGCGGCCCAGAUGACAGAGGGGAGGGGGACGCCUCACGGGGCUACGGAGGCUCUCAAGGGACAUUGGUGGCCAACGGGCGCGCAGGUGGAGGCGGACGGGCCGCUGUUCUGCACCUGGUUCAGACGCUCUACCCCUUCAGCCCCGUGACGGAGGAGGAGCUGAACUUUGAGAAAGGGGAGGUCAUGGAAGUGGUGGAGAAGCCGGAGAAUGACCCCGAGUGGUGGAGGUGUAGGAACUCACGUGGCAUGGUCGGCCUGGUGCCUAAAAACUAUGUGAUGGUGCUGGACGAGCGGCCCGGCCCGCCCUCCUCCACGUCCGGCUCCCCGCAGAACCGCUUCAUAGCACCGGCUCGCACGGGGAAGUUCGCCGGGAGGGACUGGUACUACGGCAACAUCACCAGACACCAGGCCGAGUGCGUCCUCAACGAGAGAGGAGAGGAGGGCGACUUCCUCAUACGAGACAGCGAGUCAUCGCCCAGUGAUUUCUCCGUGUCUCUGAAGGCGGUGGGUAAGAAUAAGCACUUUAAGGUGCAGCUGUCAGACGGAGUUUACUGUAUUGGCCAGAGAAGGUUCAACUCCAUGGACGAACUAGUAGAGCACUACAAGAAAGCCCCCAUCUUCACCAGUGACCAUGGAGAGAAGCUGUACCUGGUCAAAGCGCUGCUGUGAUUCACACAUCGUCACAUCUACACUGGAUCUCAUACACACAAACACACACUCAUACACACUAUACGAACGUCACUCCCUAACUGUCUUAAUCAAGCCUUAGCUCUGGACCCUCUUGCUGUGGCAUCGUGGGAAAUAACGUCCCCUCUUUACCAUAUCCAUACCCUCAGUCACUUUGUUUGGUUUUAUCCGUCACCCUCCUACGGUGACUGAAUGAAAAGGCCACGUAUUUAACCCCCGGAUGACGAGCACUGUGUCAACACUCAUCCCUCGUGUAUGAUUUUGUAGUCUCUGUCGUUCUUGGGGUGUAAUUUGCAGCGAGCACAUCUGUUGCAAACAAAAACACCCGUGGCCUUUUUGUUUUGUUUUUUUUUUGUUUUGUGUGUGUGGGGGCGGAGCUCUUCUUCUGAUGUCAUACAUAACGUCCAUAACUGACUACCAUGCACAUGUAGGUUACACCAUUGCUCUUAAUCCACACAGGAGGACAGAUGCCGCUGAAAGAGGGCGUGACCUCUUUAAGGACCUUACUCUGAUGUCCUGUCCAAUUGUCAGCCAUUGUUUUAUUUUCUUCUUUUAUUUUUAAAAGAUGUCGAAAUACUUUUGCUUUCCUGAGGUGUUUUUUUUUUUUUUUUUAAAGCUAAUUUAAGUUUCUCUCUGGAGUUAUUAAUCACUGCGCUUACAUACGACUUCACUAAGUGACCAGAAUCACUCUCUUGCCUUUGUCUCUUUUGUUUUCACCAUUCCUCCUCUAUAAUUUCUCUCCCCGUCGGAACUUUAUUUUUUUCACUUUUUACAAUUUCCUCCUUGUUUCUGUCUUCACAAACUGAUGUUGGUUCAAAUCUUCCUGUUAAAUGUGGGGAGGCUGUUAAUGCAAUAGGGGAGACCUCUGAUUUCCUGUAGAGUUUGAAUGUUUAUCAGUGUAACCAAAUGUGCCACCCUGUACCCAUACUACUGGCUCCAGGUCUGCACUGCACUCACUAAACUUGGCAUUCAUUCAUGCUCAUGCUUUAUAUUGUGUCACAUUGAACAUGUUCCUGUUCUGUUCUCCAGUAUGUGUCUGUAGCUACAUAAGGAUACUGACUGAAGAAUAAUAAAAAACUUUUUGGUAACAACUCUGAGUAGCUACACUUGAUCUGCUUUAGCUCCUGCAAAUAAAAGCAGUUAUAACAACAAAAAAAAAAUAAAGUACCUGAUCUAGUAUUUCUCAAAGAUGAAUAAAUAUAUCUUUGUGAAUUUUGUGAUUAUUAGAGAAUUUUUUGCAGAAAAGUAACAUUAAACACAGAAAACUACAAUGUUUUGUGAUUGAGACCCCAGUAAUAAAUACACCAUGAAGGGACAACAUUCACCUUUACAUUAAGAUAUCUAUAUUAAAAAAAAAACAAAAAACCACAAAUUAUGACGUUAAGACCAGCGCUUUCAGCUCGUUUAUCGUUUUGACGAAGCAACAGCAAUUAAUGAUCA